CCGCCAUGGAGCACAUCCGCACGCCCAAGGUUGAAAAUGUCCGCUUGGUAGAUCGAGUCUCUUCCAAAAAAGCAGCCCUGGGUACUUUGUAUCUGACGGCCACACAUGUCAUAUUUGUAGAAAAUACACCUGACACAAGGAAAGAAACGUGGAUUCUUCACAGUCAGAUUUCUACCAUUGAAAAACAGGCAACGACUGCUACUGGGUGCCCUCUGCUUAUUCGCUGCAAGAACUUUCAGACACUGCAACUGGUGGUGCCACAGGAGAGAGACUGCCACGACGUGUACAUCUCUCUAAUACGCCUCGCAAGGCCAGUGAAAUAUGAGGAGUUAUAUUGCUUUUCAUUCAACCCCAAGCUGGAUAAAGAAGAAAGAGAACAAGGCUGGAUGCUGAUCGAUCUCAGUGAAGAGUACAAGCGGAUGGGCCUCCCUAAUAAUUAUUGGCAGCUCAGCGAUGUGAACCGAGACUACAGAGUUUGUGACUCUUAUCCUACUGAACUGUACGUUCCCAAGUCAGCCACGGCACACAUCAUUGUGGGGAGUUCCAAAUUCCGGAGCAGACGGCGAUUUCCUGCCCUUUCUUACUACUAUAAAGAUAACCACGCCUCCAUCUGCCGGAGCAGCCAGCCCCUGUCUGGCUUCAGUGCCCGAUGCCUGGAGGAUGAGCAGAUGCUCCAGGCCAUUAGGAAAGCCAAUCCGGGAAGUGACUUCAUUUACGUCGUUGACACUCGGCCUAAACUUAAUGCAAUGGCAAAUCGUGCUGCAGGGAAAGGCUAUGAAAAUGAAGACAAUUAUUCCAAUAUCAAGUUUCAGUUUAUCGGGAUAGAGAACAUCCAUGUCAUGAGGAACAGUCUGCAGAAAAUGCUGGAAGUGUGUGAACUUAAAUCUCCUUCCAUGAGCGAUUUCCUGUGGGGUCUGGAGAACUGUGGCUGGCUAAGGCACAUCAAAGCCAUCUUGGAUGCAGGAAUAUUUAUCGCAAAGGCUGUUUCAGAGGAAGGGGCAAGCGUGCUCGUCCACUGCUCCGACGGCUGGGACCGGACUGCCCAAGUGUGCUCAGUGGCGAGCCUCCUGCUGGACCCGCACUACCGGACCCUGCAGGGCUUCAUGGUAUUAAUUGAAAAGGACUGGAUAUCCUUUGGUCAUAAGUUUAAUCACAGAUAUGGCCAUUUAGAUGGUGACCCAAAAGAAAUCUCUCCAGUCAUCGAUCAAUUCAUUGAGUGUGUCUGGCAGCUAAUGGAACAAUUUCCCUGUGCCUUUGAGUUCAAUGAGAGGUUUUUGAUUCACAUUCAGCAUCACAUUUAUUCCUGCCAAUUUGGAAACUUCCUGUGUAACAGCCAGAAGGAGAGACGAGAACUCAAAAUUCAAGAAAGAACAUACUCUUUGUGGGCUCACCUGUGGAAGAAUCGGGCCGACUACCUGAAUCCUCUGUUUAGAGCGGAUCACAGCCACAUGCAAGGAACCUUUCACCUCCCUACAGCACCGUGCAACUUCAUGUACAAGUUUUGGAGUGGGAUGUACAACCGCUUUGAGAAGGGGCUGCAGCCCCGACAGUCGGUCACAGACUACCUCAUGGCCGUGAAGGAGGAGACACAGCAGCUGGAGGAAGAGCUGGAGGCCCUGGAAGAAAGGCUGGAAAAAAUUCAGAAAGUCCAGUUAAAUGACACUAAGGUGAAGAGGAAGCAAAGCGAACCCAGCAAACACUCAGGGUUUUCUACCUCAGACAACAGCACCGCCAACACCCCCCAGGAUUACAGCGGGAACAUGAAAUCCUUUCCGUCCAGGAGCCCUUCACAAGGUGAUGAGGAUUCUGCCCUGAUUCUAACCCAGGACAAUUUGAAGAGCUCUGAUCCCGAUCUGUCAGCCAACAGUGAUCAAGAGUCCGGGGUGGAGGACUUGAGCUGUCGGUCUCCGAGUGGCGGGGAGCAUGCCCCGAGUGAAGACAGCGGCAAGGACCGUGAUUCUGACGAAGCCGUGUUUCUCACCGCCUGAACAUUCUCUUUGGAGUUCCAAGCGAAGGGCACACGAGAAACACUUCCAAAGAUAAGGGAACGGUGCAAUUCAAAAUAAAAGUAGCUCAUGAAAUGGUACGUGGCAUCAGACUAUACGACGCAGCCACAAGGGGGGAUCUCAGCUUGUAGUUUCUUUAUAUGUGGAAGAACAGGGAGUCCCCAUUUCUUUUAUCAAUAUAAGCAAAGUUAUUUACCA